AUGAUUCAACAAGGCCUGGAUUAUUGGGAAAAGGUGCCCGCCUCCGUAGAUGGCGUUUUAGGAGGCUUUGGAUCUGGGUCCCUCCCCCGCGUGGAUUCUGUAGGAUCUCGACUCUUUCUCCUUUCUUUAUUACCAGAGUUAUGCAUCGUUCCAUCUGCGAUCCGUCCGCUGGACGCAGGUGCCCACAGAAGGAUCAGGGCACUGGACGUCGGUGCUGGAAUAGGCCGUGUUACUUCUACAACCCUGCUGCCACUCGUUUCGGAUGUUGUCCUCCUCGAACCUGUAGAAUCUUUCAUCAAGCAAGCCAUCGAGCUCUCUGCGACCUGGCGGGGCCUCAAUGAUAAGUCAAAGAGUGUAACAUUUCUACAGGGGACCCUCCAACACUACGACCCAUCAUCCCCAAAGUUGGCACUUGAAGUCAAACUUUUGGCAAGAAAAGGGUCUGCAGUGGACCCAGAGACUGACUCCGCCUUCGAUAUCAUUUGGUGUCAGUGGUGUUUGGGACACCUAUCCGAUCCAGAUCUCGUCACAUUCUUCCGGCAGUGCAGGGAUGCAUUGCGUCGGAAAACUGAGAUUGGUGUCCUGUCUCAGAAGAUAUCUCCGCCUGUCAUCAUUGUAAAGGAAAAUGUCUGCCCCGAUGCGGAAGACGGGGGACCGGACCAAGCUUACGAUUCAGAUGAUGCGAGUUUCACAAGGUCCGACCAGAAAUGGAGAUCCAUUUUCCGGGAAGCAGGGCUUACUCUGAUAAAGGACACGGUCCAAUUGGGCUUUCCCGAGGGAUUAUACACAGUGAAGAUGUGA